AUCAUCUACAAUGCGACCAUCAGUGCCUGCGAAAAGUGCGGGCAGUGGCAGGAAGCAUUGAAGUUGUUUGCGGCCAUGCCAGAAGUAAAAGUGCAGCCAAAUGUCAUCAGCUACAGUGCGGCCAUCAGUGCCUGUGAAAAAGGUGGGCAAUGGCAGGAAGCCUUGAAGUUGUUUGAUGCCAUCCAAAAGGGCAGCGUACAGCCAAACGUCAUCAGCUACAAUGCUGCAAUCAGCGCGUGCGAGAAGGGCGGCCGGUGGCAGGAAGCAUUGAAGCUGUUAGAAGUUAUGCCAAAGGCGAAGGUGCAGGCAGAUGUCAUUAGCUUCAGUGCAGCAAUCAGUGCUUGCGAGAAGGGCAGGCGGUGGCAGGAAGCGUUGAAGAUGUUUGAGGCUAUGCCAAGCAGCAAAGUGCAACCAACUGUCAUCAGCUACUGUGCAGCCAUCAGUGCAUGUCAGGGUGGGCAGUGGCAGGAAGCGUUAAAGUUGAUAGAGGACAUGCCACAGGCCAAUUUUUUGCCCAAUGUGAUUAGCUACAGCGCAGCCAUCGGUACCUGUGAGAAGGAUGGGCAGCGGCAGGAAACAUUGAAGUUAUUGGAGGCCAUGGGUGCAGCCAAUUGUCAUGAGCUACGAUGUCGCCAUCCCUACCUGCUGGAGGUAGAGGCAGUUGCUGGAAGCAUGGAACGCAUUGAAGUUGUUUGAAACCAUGCCUCAGAAGAAGCUUAUAUAUGCAACUGAAGUUCGUUUGUUGCUUUGCUCGCCCAGCGUUCGAUGGUUCGCUGGGUUGAAGUCUCGGAGGACGACCGACCGAUGACCUUUCGACAGAAAGCUGUAGACAUUGGGUUGGUCCGAACCCAACAAGCAAAGUCUUGAGCCUUGAGGCCGUGUCUUUUGGGGACAUUGCCAAGGCCGGCUCCAGCUUAUGUAACAGCCAGUUUCUCAAGAACAUAACUAGAGAUGUCCUGCAACCAGGCCCCAUCAUCAUCCACUGUUACAGGUGGUAAUUGGAUAGACCCGAUGUAUACACUAGCUGGCUGUGCUGUCGGCACAGUUGCCGCAGAUCUGGAAGAGACAAACAAUUUUGCCGUAUCCUUGUCACCGAUGGCUGGUUCAAGAAACGUGGCAAAGUGCCCCUAGGGCUCCAACCAUCUCCGAAGGUCCCCAAGCGUCUUCUCAGGAGGUAGGCCAGGAGCCCUAGGGGUAAAACGCUGCAGAGUCUGGGAUUUGGCUGCUGUCGACCACGGAGACCUUGUCGACGGAAGCUCCCAAAUCACAGACUUUGCAGCUGAAAGUGACAAGAAAGUGGAACGAAGUGCAACAGUUUACAGCAGUCUUGUCACCUCGCUCAAAGCGUGUUUCUCCUUGCCGCGCUUCCAAGCCUCCAAGAGCUUUGUACAAAUCGUAUCCAUUUGUUGCCGCAUUUGCCUCCGAUUUUCCAGUCUGUCUCGGAUGGCCGUUUUCACCACUGGUGCAGACAGAUUUGUUUUUAAAGGAUCCAUUUGCUGUGAAAGAAGAUGUCAAAGUAGCUUGCCUUUUGUUUUUUUUUUUGGCACCUCCAUGUAGCUUCUGAAAGGAAGCAAACAUGUGGGGGAAGCACAACAGCAUCUUGAAGUUUCGGGCAACAAAAA